AUGCGCCAGUGUGUUGUAGUUUUCUUGGGGGUGAAGUAUUUAUCCAGAUGUGUUGUUGGGGCAUCGCUUGAAAGCACAGAAGAAGAGGAGGAGGAAGAUGAAAAUAAUUCAGCUGCUGAAGUUUCUAGUAGGCCAAAGGAGGGAGUCUACCAAGUAGUGGGUACCCUUUCUAAACCAGAGAGUACUAAACCAUGUUUUGCAGAGGAAACAUAUGCAGUCUCUUCUCAAAAAGAGCUCCUAAGUCACUUGCUUGAAUGUGAGAUUGUUGUAUAUAAUAUCACUGAGGAUGCAAAUCAAAUUGAGGAAGCAACAUGGGCUGCUUCUGCCCUACAUAUGGAAAUAGAGCAUUUUGCAACACCGAAGUUAUUCAUCCUCAUUUCAACAAUAAUGAGCUGGGCAAAAAGCAAACCCCCUGACCCUGAAGAUCCUGAGAUUCCUUUUACUGAUGAAGAUUAUCGCAGAAGAAAAUCUCAUCCUAACUUCAUGGAUCACAUAAAUGCUGAAAAACUCAUUCUCAAACUUGGGAAAACUAACAAACACAAAUUUUCAACUUAUGUUGUUGCCUCAGGACUUCAAUAUGGAGCUGGGGAAGGAGUCUUGCACUACUUUUUUAAGAUAGGUUGGCUUAGUGAGACUCCUACAAUACCUGUUUUUGGAGAUGGAAACAAUUUUAUUCCAACUAUUCAUGUUCUUGAUUUAGCAGCAGUGUUACAAAAUAUAGCAGACCACAGGCCAAGGUUUCACUAUAUCCUUGCAGUAGAUGUAUCUAUGCACACUCUUCAAGAAUUAAUAAAGUGUAUCAGUAAAAAUGUUGGACCAGGAAAAAUUGAGAAGAUUCCAAAAGAAAAUGCAUUCCUGAGCAAAGAGUUAACACAAAUGCAUUUGGAUAUGUUGCUUGUGAACCUACGAAUGGAAUCUAUGUUUCUGAAAGAGUCUUUCAACAUUAAGUGGGUUGCUCAGGCAGGACUGGUGGAGAACAUUGAACAAAUCGUCAAGGAAUACAAGCGAAGUCGAGGACUACUGCCUCUCAAAGUUUGCAUUCAUGGUCCUCCUGGGGUUGGCAAAUCUACCAUUGCUGAAGAGCUCUGCAAACACUACAAGCUACAUCACAUUAAGAUAAAUGAUGUGAUUUCUGAAACAAUAACGAAUCUGGAGAAAAUUGUGGUUCCUAAAGAACUGGACUCUGACAAUGUGGUAGAAGAGGGAGAAGAUGAUGAAGAGGAAGAGGGUAAAAAUGUAGAAGCAGCACACGAGUUAUUAGCUAGAAUAAAAGAAAGCAUGGAACAGAAUGCAGGUCGUCUAGAUGAUCAGCAUGUUGUUAAAUUUGUGAAGGAUAAGCUCAAAUCUAUGCUUUGUAGGAAUCAGGGAUAUGUUUUAGAUGGGUUCCCAGAGACCUAUGACCAGGCAAAAGAUCUUUUUAAUUUGGAAAGUGAAGAUGAAGAAGAAGAAAUUAAAGGCAAAAUACCUAAAUGUGAUAAAUUAAUCACACCUGAAUUUGUUAUUUCUUUGACUGCAUCUGAUGAAUUCCUUAUAAACAGAAUAAUAAAUCUGCCUGAGAGAAUUGUUGCUGGAACUCAUUAUACCCAGGACCGGUUCCUGCAAUCUCUGAAUCUCUUCAGAGAGUUCAACACAGACGAUAAGACUGUUCUCAACUAUUUUGAUGAACUUGAAAUACAUCCUCAGUUUAUUGAUGUAGCCAAAUUUGAAGAUCCUGAGAACAGAUUUAUUGUAAAAGAGAUCAUCAAAGAAAUUGGGGAACCUCGGAAUUAUGGUUUGACAGAUGAAGAAAAGGAGAAUUUGGAACGCAAAGCAGCUGAGGAACGCCUUGUCAAAGAAGCUCAAGAAAAAGCUGAACGAGAGCGUAAAGAAACUGAGGAAAGGGCUGAAAGGAUGGCAAAUUGGGAAGAGUGGAAUAAACAUCUGGAGGAAGUGAAAAGACAAGAACAAGAGUUACUGGAGGCGCAGUCCAUUCCACUACGAAACUAUUUAAUGAAGAAUGUCAUGCCAACACUUAUGCAAGGGAUAAAUGAAUGCUGUAGGAUCAGGCCAGAUGAUCCCGUUGAUUUUCUGGCAGAAUAUCUCUUCAAGAACAGUCCUGAUAUUGAAUGAGAUGGCAAACAUUAAAUCCUAACAGCUGUCGAAAUUGUGAAGUAGAAAGGGAGAACAUUCCUAAUGCUUUUUAAAUAAAAAUACUUAGUUUCUGAAAUGAUUUUUGUUUAGGCUUAUUAUGUAAUCUCCAUUUUUAUUUCUUAUGCUUUACUAUUAUGUUUAUUGGGUUUUUAAUAUUCCUUCUACAAGAGUACCAUUUACUGCACGUAUUGAUUGAUGCAUUUACGCAUCUGUGUUUCAUAUGUCUAUUUGAAACUGUGAACCAUAAGAAUCUGUUCUCUCUCCAAAGUUUUCUUCCUGAACUUUUUUCAGUUACACAUUCUAUUUAAGCAAUAUAUUCUUGUCCUGAUCCACAGUGGAUGUAGGCAGCUAGCCUGAGAAAAACUUUUCUUAAAAAAAAAAAGAAUUUUCACUGAAAAUGGAAAUAGAAGCAGCAAGCUCUCUUAUUUCCCCUCCCAGCUACCAAGAGGCAAAACUUCACACAACAUAGUCUUCUUGUGCUGCACUCAAGACUGAUUGGAUAAAGUUUUCCAGCAUAGGUAUGUCAUAAAACCAGCAUUUUGAUUUGGUAUCAAACAAAUGGGUGUAGUUCCCAUUUAAUUCUCAUCAUCAUUCGGUAUUUGAUACAUGUUUUUUACAGAUUCUUGAAGAAUCUAGACUUCCCAGCAUGUGGCCAUCAUUCCCUUUUUUAUUGACUUCAUAUACCUCUCACAGAAACUGUCAAUAUUUAUGCUGACUGAGCUGAAACUGAUAGGGUAUUUGGUGUAAAACAAACACAGGAUUUUGUCAAAACAGAAAGCAAGGACUGUUUGGGAGAAGGGGGAAAGAAAGAGGAAGAACUGAAAGAAUGGUGAUAUAGAAACAUUUUACACUUAUCUAUUACUUUUAUUAUUAGAAUUUUAGACGUAUUAAUGCCCAACAUUCUUAUUCAGAUAUAUCAAUAUUUUUAGAGAAACAGUCUUAUUUCAUCCGUUUUCACACAGCCAAGUCAGUGAUGAUAGCCAGGAACAGAGUUCAGAGUCAUCAUCUCGUACUUUAAAGAAACAGAUUUCUUUGCGAUCUAAAUCUCCUAUAUGCUGCCAGUCCAAGUUGCCAUUUAUCAUGUGAGGCAGUUGAAGAUGGAAUAAUCGGUAAUUUUAGAGGAAUUUUUAGUUUGGGAGUCCUAUUUCUCAGAGUAAAGAUGAAAAUAGGACACUAAAAAAAGGAGAUAAAACAGGUUUGGUGGUUUGUUUGGG